AACAUUAGUUUCUUGCCACAGUCUACCGGUUGCUUUCUGUCUGCCCACAAUAGCCUCCCAUCGCAUCACAUCCACAGCCUUUUCUUGCAUUGCUCAGCAGGAGGCUUCACAGCUCAAUUAAAGAGAACGGAUUAUAUUCGAGGAUAUCGCAUUUUGUGUGUUUUUUGAAUAAAAAAUAAAAAUAAAAACAAAAAAUUAAGUGCCUUUAUAGUGAAUGAUUUUGUGGUGGUUAAUUGAAAAAGAAAAUGUUCCCAAAAAUAGUGUGUCUCCUUGCCCUUGCGGCGGCUGUCUCCACAGCAGCCGAAACUUCGAACGAAGGUGACAAUCUAUUGGCAAGUGCAUUGAAAAUGGUCAAAGAUUGUGGUGAUAAAUCAAUGAUAUUGUGCAUAAAGGAACGUGCUCUGCAAUAUUUCGACACUGAAGAUGGUGAUGUUAAGCUCACAGAGGGAAUUCAAUUGAUUAAAACCGAUGACAUUCCACAGGGUCGCUCCUUGAACGAUGUUGACCUACCAAAUGAGCCUGAGGCCAGGGAAAGUGAAGUUGAUUCGUUGUUGGUGGAGCGUAUUGCCAGAUUCUUCGGUACACACACUCUGCAAUUCAAAGUUCCCAAGGAAUCCAUUGAGGAUAUGCAAAGAUCUCUAGAAGAAUCUCGAGGCAAGAAGAAGAAGACAAAGAAGUAUUUGAUGCCUUUGUUGCUGCUGUUCAAACUUAAGGCUGCCGCUCUAUUGCCAUUGGCUAUCGGUUUCUUGGCCCUGAUCGCAUUUAAGGCCUUGAUUAUUGGUAAGAUUGCACUUCUGCUGUCCGGAAUCAUUGGAGUGAAGAAACUUUUGGAAUCGAAGAACUCAAGCCAAAACUACGAGGUUGUUGCUCAUCCACACUACUCAGCCCACGAAGAGCAUGGUAGUUAUGCGCGGUCCCUAGAAGCUCAAAACUUAGCUUAUUCUGCAUACCAAAAAUCUAAUUAAACAAAAAUUAAAAAAAAAAAAAAAACAAAACAAUAAAACAAAACUCAAACUCACACUCACAUUUAAUUCAGUAGAGAAAACAAAAAUGCAAUAUUAUUUAUUAACAAAUAGAUGUAAAAAAUAAAUUUUAUUUAUUUAUAUUUAAAUAUACAAACUUUUUGUUUCGUAGGGUAAAAAUUAUAUACGCGCCAUGUUUCUUUUUGUUUCCUGUUCAUUAA